AGAGGACUGAUGCAAUAUCAUAAAAUGAGAGGUGUACUUCCGAUCUGAAUUAUCAAUGAAAAACAAUAUCUAUGCUCUGACAAGCUAACGUGAAAAUCACCAUGUCCAGUCGUUCGCUUCUCGCACGAUGGCGUUGUAGUUCUCCUGUCUCGUUUGCAGUUGAAAUCCACGCAGCCCGCUGUAUGUUCGAGCUUGCAGAGUCAGCGACAUCUUCUUCGCCUACAACAAAUGCGAAAACAGUGUCGAUCCUUCUAAAUUCCGCCAAUGAGGGUCUUUGCGGCAUCCAAUACCCACAGUUUCCACGCGGUGGCUACGCCUCGCCGGUUCCGUUCCGGACACCUAAAACGAUCUUAAAUUGGUGUCGCGAUCCGACAGUACUCGAUAAUCGCCAAGAAGAGUCUGCUGAUGGCAAAGUUGGAGACAAAAACAAGGAUGUUGCUUCUAAGUUUGUAAUUCCCGAGAAUUGUGUUGACGGGAAGACGCACCGACUGGCCGGUGAGGAUCUAGGAACCUUUUUGUUGAAGGAGUUUCCGAUCUUGAAUCAUGAGACCGAACAUGCGGUGCGGGUUCUACCUGGAACGUCAGUGUGGACACCCAGUUUUGGAGCACUAAAAUCAACUUUUCCCGAUGGCAUAAUACACGCGGUCGCCCCUUUUCGUGAUUUCGAUUACUCGGAGGUCCUGCAAGCCUGUCGUGGCAACGGGUCACACUCAUUAACAGAAAGAAACGACGUGGUAGCAACCGUAAGUCUGCUGCGUGGCGCAUAUGUGCGCGCCCUGCGGCUCGCAUACCAGAAGGAUGUCGAGAAGAAAGGAGUCGACGUCAAGCACGAUGUCCGGAUCGUCGGACCUUUUUUAGGCACGGGAGUGCGUGGCUUCGCUCUAGAUGAGGGAGCGCGCGUUGCAGCAAUAGCGUGCAGCGAGUUCUGCGAGGAAACUCAUGAAGCAGAGGGAACUGCAACUAAAGGUACUAGUACAGUAAAUACCAUACCAACAGAAGGCGGAGCAGGCGACAAUUGCAACCCAGGAAGUCGAAGUCCUGGCGCGGUGGUUGAUCCUCACGUGGCGUCGAUCAAAAAUGCAGAGUAUCUGCGGCAUGAAGAGACUGACAGCGGAGCACUCAACUACGAUCGAGAUGACUGGUUUUUUCCAGUAAACGUAAGAUCUACCUUGAGCCAAAGACACGAUGAGCCUGACUUGUUUCGAAAGAUUCUAGAAUCGAAAACGAAAUCCCGGCCAAAUGCGCUAGCUAGAUCAAAGAGCUCCUCUACUUCGAUGAAUGAAGGAAGCGAAAACUCGAAUAGACUAAGGACAAACAGCACGACUAGUCACUCAAAAAUGCAAGAGACCACAGGCUCGUCUAGUGAACAAGGAGUAGCAUACACGGAUAAUAAAAGAAAGCUAACGCUCCUUUUGGUUACCAAUGCUGUUGAAACCGAAGAACAAGCGAAAAUAGUUCAAGCUUUCGAAGAAACAAGAACAAAGCUGCUAAAACGAGAUUUUUAGCAUGUUUUUCAUUUGCCACCUGGAGGCAGCAUGCGCUCACACUUAUUAUGUUGCGUACGCGGAGUAACGAGUUCUGCUUGUCAUAGUAUACAAAUAAGAGG